GGUUGUACAAACAAAGCAAGAAUAUUCGUGAAACUGUAUUGAAUUUGAAAGCCACUGUGUAGUGUGUAAAUCGGGCCAUACGUGUGAUGCUACAGCUUACAAAUGCAAUACAGUUUCACGACAAUGCCUUGCUUUGUUUACACAUCCUGAUCCAAUGUUUGUUGGUUGAAAGUCUGGUGUCGAAGGUAACACGUAUAAAGGUCGUUCAGAGGGGGAGGGGGGUGUUUGUGCACGUAGUCACUAGCAAACACAACCUUCGUUUCCAGUACAUGCACGGCACGCGAGAAGAUCUCACAAAUCAAGCAGCGAGCAGUAUGACAGAGUCUAUCUACCCGUUUACGGAGGACUUUGAUGUCACUCCUUCCGUCCAAGCAGACUUUGAUAAGAAUGGCUACAUCAUUGUCAGGUCUCUGUUGGAUUCCGAGGAAGUCAAGUUACUGAAGGAUGCUCUUGAGUCGGACGAGGGAAUCAUUCGGUACGCGUUCGGCCGAGACGACGGAGAGGGCGGAAAGAGCCGAAUGGUUCUGUGGAACCAGCCCGGAAAUGACAUCACAGGAGUCAUGGCUAGAUGUGAGAAGGUUGCAGGAACAAUGGAGAAGCUGUUGGGAGGAGAGGUGUACCACUACCACACCAAACUGAUGAUGAAGGACGCUCGGACAGGGGGCGCUUUUGUCUGGCACCAGGACUACGGGUACUGGUACGAGAACGGCUGUAUCUUCCCCGAUAUGGGGACUGUUUUCAUCGCCUUGGACCAGGCUACGCAAGAGAAUGGCUGUCUCAAGGUGAUCCCAGGCUCCCACCGGGUUGGUCGAAUUGAUCACGUGAGGGUUGGAGACCAGGUCGGGGCGGAUGUGGAACGUGUUACAGAGAUCCAGAAGUUUCUCCCCUUGGUGCAUGUUGAGUUGGAGCCGGGAGACGCGCUGUUUUUCCACUGUAACCUGCUCCACCGCAGCGAGCAGAACCACAGCGACAGGCGGCGCUGGGCCUUCCUGGUGGCGUACAAUCGGGCCUCCAACAACCCGGUCAUAGAGCACCAUCACUCACGCUACGUCCCCAUGGCAAAGGUGUCCAACACUGCUAUCAAGAAGUGCACAACUGCAACGGAUCUUACCGGGAAAGAUUUCUUCGAUCCGGCAACGGAAGUUAGCCUCAAGAAGAUCACUGAGAAGACCGAGCGCUGACGACUCUAACCUGCAAUUCACCCAAACUUCACAAGGGGUCGUUAUUUGAAACUGCGUAGAUUUCCAAUAUCACGUUUGGAGUCAUACAAUAGGUUUCAACGUCACAAAGAAAGUGUUUCGCCACUAGCAGCAAAGCAAUAUAAAUUUUUGUAUACGCAAUUUACAAUAUGUUGUUGUUCGAAACUACAUGGCAGUUUAUAUUUCCUGGAUGAACAUAUUUAGAAGAAUUGCAAGGCCUCAAAUGACAAAGACAAUGGACGAUAGCGCCAGUAUCAAAAGGAUUGCAAUCUAAAUCUUGCAAAAUGUAACGAAUCGGAAAAUUACAACCUGUCUCAAUCCACAGGUGGCUAAUUCUGUUAUCAAGACAUGCGCGACACCUAUCGAUCCUGAUGAGAAGGACAUCUGGGAUCCGAUCGCAAAGCCAUCUGUGAGCCAAAGAAGUUUGGACAAAAAACGUGGGAAGUAGUCUUUCUUCUACUUCAACUUCAAAGAAAUUCCAAAGAGAUUUUUGAAUAGUCUUAAUCCGUGGUUAUUGCCACAAUGGUAGCAAAAAUAUACCAUACUUCCGUUAAAUAUGGAAAAAAUGCAUGUCUAAAACUUUAAUACUUAGAGGCUACAAAAUUGUUAAAUUGGCUUUUUUUUCUUUAAGUCUCAAGAAAAGUCUCAGAAUGUAGUUUUGACGUUGUGUCGCAAAUGCUGUAUGCGUAAAUUUAUAUACUGAUACAUUUGCUCUAAGAAGAUAAUAGAAUUAGGUUGUGUAUUACCUAUUGAUAUUCUUUGAAUUUUCUAAUUUCCAUUCCAUGUUAUUUACCAAUAUAUUUUUGUGCUCUGGCAACACAAUAAUAGCACGUU